UGGGAAGGGGAGAAGGAAAGACGGAAGGAGCAAGGCGGGCGUUGAUUGGUUCCUCGCGCUCUGCCCAAUGGGAGGCCGUGUUGGUGCGCGGCGGCGGUGGCUGUGGCAGCCGAAGCCGGGGACUGUCUAAGGAGGGGGGCUGCGUGUUUCCGGAGGACGUGGCGGCUGCUGCUUCUCUUCCUCCGGCUUUUCUCUUCUCCAUUCGCUUCGCCUCGUUGGGUGUCGGACUGUCUGAGGCCGGAGCCUCGCUGCUGCCAUCAUGAUUUCCCUCACGGAUACUCAGAAAAUCGGAAUGGGACUUACGGGUUUUGGAGUGUUUUUCCUUUUCUUUGGAAUGAUCCUAUUUUUUGACAAAGCGCUUUUGGCUAUUGGAAACGUUUUAUUUGUGGCUGGCCUGGCUUUCGUGAUUGGUUUAGAAAGGACAUUCAGAUUCUUCUUCCAGAAGCACAAAAUGAAAGCCUCUGGCUUCUUUCUGGGAGGAGUACUUGUGGUUCUUAUUGGUUGGCCCUUGAUAGGAAUGGUCCUUGAAAUUUAUGGAUUCUUCCUCUUAUUCCGGGGCUUUUUCCCUGUGGUGGUCGGUUUUAUCAGAAGAGUGCCAGUUCUUGGCUACCUCUUGAAUUUACCUGGUAUAAGUUCACUCGUAGAUAAAGUCGGAGAAAGCAACAACAUGGUAUAAUGUCGAGAGUGCCGAAGACUGGUUCUAAAUUUAUAUUAUUUAUAAUGUCCUCUUUUUUUGAAGAAAAAAGAUCAGCACAAAGAUUCGGGUUGUGUACAAAGGCAAAGUUUGUAACAAAAAGUCUUGACGUAAGUUUUUAAAUCUACACCGCAAGUCUACGAAAAAAAGCACCGUUCGCAAAGAAAGAUGUCACAAGUGCGCGAGACUUGCCGCUCCUGGAAUUUGGUGAACUGAAGAAAAAGCCGUAAGGAAACCUGCGGUCUAAAACAAUUCAAGACUCCUUCAUACUUUUUGGAGUAUGGUAUGUGCAAAAUGCAGCAACUUCCCCCUGUGGGACUAUUAGUGCCUGUAACUCUACCUCCUAAUCCCAAGAGGUGUUGUAGAGUAAGCAGGGCUUCCUCUGUAAGGCACAGUCCUUCUUUCCUCCCACCUACCAAUCGUUCUACCUGUGGUUCUUUCUCAGAAGAAAGCAACGAUCAUUUUUCACCUGUCAAAAGCAAAGCGGGCAUCCUUUAGGCAGGACAUGUAUAGCGUUUUAAGACGGAUUGUCGGUCUUAACCACGCGCCGCUAGAGGAUUUCACUACACAGAUUUGCUGUAUACACUUCUUUGUAAAUAUCUGGCUAGAAUAAAGCUUGGUAGGGAAAUGUUUAAAGCCAAAAUGUAAAAUUCCGAUUAGGUUUGUCUGAGGAAUAUGCAAAUAGGUCAACUUAUUUUUGUUGUUUUGGUACUGAGGUCAACUUGAAACCAUUCCUGGUUUUGGAUACCUGUUUGAUUUGGCAGGGGACUGUGGGAAACCAGUUUUACACUCCUUUUUGGCUGGUUCUCCUUGACCCCAUGUUACAUGUAUGCAUCACAAUAGGUCUUGCAGCCCUUUAAGUCAUUGAAUAAAAAGUGCGCAUCAUGUCCGGCCUAUGAAACGGCUUGCUCAGUUUCCACGCGUGCACACUUUAAAAAAAAAAAAAAUUGCGUUCUGGCCGGCUUCUUCAAAAAGGUGCUCCAACCCUAAAUGUAACUUUUGCUGCUUUGCCUGUAGCCGACAUAAUGUUUCCACAUCUUCCGACAUCAUGGCUCCCGCACUGGCAAAGCAGUAGGUCGGGCAUCGGAAGUGGGACUCUUGAGUUUAAGCAUCCUUUUCUUAUGGUAAGACAGUAUGUUACAGCACUAACUUCUUCUGUAAGGUAAAAAACGAUAUUGAGUCAUUUGUAUGUGGGGAGGUCCGUGGGAAGUUUGAGUAGCCUUAAUCAAGCGUCACGCUUAAGGGCUGCUCCCGCCCUCGUGGCUUAAUUUGCUUUUAUUCUGAUGGUUGGGGGAAAGAUGCCUAUUUCUACGAAUAAAAAAGGCUUCAGAGCUGCUUUGUACCUUUUCGAUGAAGUGGGUAAGAGCGUGAAUGACACGAGCACAUUCUGUCCCUGCUCAUUUCUCUUCUUUCUCUCUUCCCUUCCCCCCCUGAACUUUGGGUGAGACUUCGAAGAGGUAGGGCAUCUGAUCCGGCCCUCACAUGCAGAUGGAUAUUUAUUUACAGAAGCCUCUUCACAUUAACGUGAGACUAACUUAUUUUUUUCCGGCUCCAAACAGCUUACGUACACCACGUCGAAGCAGAGAUGCGCACUGGUCAUUUUAUUUGGAGCAUGGACUUUUUUUUUAUUAUCAUUUGCAACUAAUUUCUGAACUUUGACGUAAACUAUUGAUAACUAAGGCUUGACAGCCCUUUUUAAAAUCAGGGUGGUGUGUGAUUAUUUAAAUCAGUUGGCUUUUAGCUUAGACAACUCCAAAAAAAAGAAAAGUGUCAAAAAACACCUUCAGAUGAGCUGUUUCCAGCUGCAAAAGCAAUCCCGGCAGGAACUUUUCCCCCAUUCCUUUGGCUUCGCCUUGGGGAAAGGAAAACGCACUUUGGGAAGAGACGUUUCUUUUUCCAAAAGCCCUUAAAAUGGUUACCUUUAAUCCUUGAAGCCAAUUGCAUACCUCAUUUUGGUCUCACUGUGAAACAUGUUGCUGCCUGUAAGAUGUAAAAAUAUAUAUAUAUGUAGAGGGGGGGCGGAGUUCGGCUGCAGCCAUUUUAAAUAUAUAUAUAAUCCUGUUGAGUGAGACAUAUUGAGAUGUCCCCAGCCACUGAGGCUACCACAAUUUCUCCGAUGCUGCGGGUACACUGUUCUUUAAGCUUUGAUGAGUGGCUGUCGCCGUGGGCAGAACCAUGUGCAGCAUCUGUUGUAUAUUACCCAUUCCCAUAUGAAACUUCUCUACAAAGGCAUGGUCACGUGAGUCGCACCUGUGUCCGAAAACCAUUCGCCCAUAUUACAGGCCCCAAGAGACACACCUCUGUGAAGGUUUGGGGCAGCCAAGCAGUUACAUCCAUGAUUCCUAGAGCUGUAGCCAGGGGACAGAAGAGGUGAUGUAGAUUUUACUGGGCCAUCAAGGUUUCCGUUUUGCAGUAUCUUCUCCCCACGGCGAGUGGAACCGGAGAAGGAACUGUUCGUCUCCCCGAAGGAAGAGGUGUUUGUGCAUUAUAUUAACAAUGUCCAUACAGCUCUCUCUUUGCUUUUUGUUUUACUUUACGCAUGUAUUUAAUAGGAAUGGUGAUAGAAAUCUUGUCACCCUCGACUCAAUCAAGACGACUUGCCCUUUUAAAACCGAUCUGGUAGCAAAACUCCAGUGUGUUGGGAAUCUCAUUCGGGCAUCCCUUUUUAAAAGCAAAAGAUAACUGUACGUGUGGAAGGUGUUGGGUUUCUUUAAGGUGAUCGAAUGCAAACUUGGUGUAAUUUGUCUUCUCACAGCCCUUAUUUGAUUAGGAGAGUAUUUGGAGUGGAGGAUUUUUUGUGUGUACGAUAACUGUAGGGUGAUACUGGAAGAGAAGCGUUAGGAUGAUCUGUCCAAAGCCGCCUUGAAGGUUUAGGUCAGGCGAUAGUAAGACUUUGCUCAGCUCUCCGGCUAGGAACUGGAAGCGGAAUGCCCUGUUCCCUUGAAGGUAACACUCUUUGGUGGAUACAAAGUCGGGUUUUGCAAAGUUGGUAUUGUGAAGCAGUCAGAACGAUUCCUUAGUCCUAAGGUUAUUUUUUUUUCUUUACACCUGGAAAUAUGUGCCGCUGAACUCAGUUGAACUUCUUUCUAAGCAGACAUGCGCAGGAUCAGGCUGCAUGCAUUGUAAGCAUUUGCAAGAAGCAAAAAACCUUCAUUUGUAACCAGUUUUAUUUCCCCCAUUUAAAUAUAAUUCUUCAUUGCUGCUUGAGGAAUCAGACACAGAUCUCGUCCUGAGUAAAUGAACACUGUAAAUACAUUUGUCAUACCUUGAAUAAAGAGGAACUUCUUUUUUCUAUGAA